AUGCCAAGCAACCAAUCCUCAUCGCCCGAGCAGCUAAAGCUCCCUGCCUCCAUAGAAGAGGUCACGCCAUCAUGGCUUUCCAGUGUCCUAGGCCAGAAGGUCAAAGCUAUUGAGCUCACCAGGAGCAUCCUAAACGCGAGUGCUGGCAAGCUCUUUUUCACCUUGACCUACGAGGAAGGCAACGGGGAUGACUCCAAGCCGAAACCAAUCAAAAUCUGUAUAAAAGGGGGAUUCAACCCAGACGUCAUUGAGCGAUAUGCGGAUUUCAUCACUCUCUUGUACAAACGAGAGGCCGACUUCUUCAAUCUAGUCGCCCCAAAACUUGGCCACAUGGACAUCCCAAAGUCUUACUGGGCUGGAAAGAACGAUAGCCAGGGCCUCGUAAUAAUGGAAGACCUAGCGGCCGUCGGAGCUGAAUUUGGCGAACCCGUGAACGCCUGGCCCGUCGAUCGCGUCAUGGCUGGUGUUACCCAACUGGCAGGUCUCCAUGCUGCUGCUUGGGGCAAGCAUACCGAAUAUCCGUGGGCCGAUCCGGAGUAUUAUGAUGGUUUAAUAUGGGCGCUCGCAUCUCGAUGGGAUGACCUCAUACUUGGUGAAAAUCGACCCCCACUUCCCGAUAUACUUAAAGACGAGAAGCGAAUUAAGGCAGCACUUAAGAAACACUAUAGCUCAAGGAAUCCUCGUUUCCUCACACUCCAACAUGGCGACCCACACCUUGGAAAUACGUAUCUAAUUCAAGGAGAGCCUCGUUUCUUAGAUUGGCAGGGUAUUCAGAUGGGUUCUACUUUCCACGAUGUAGCGUAUUUCAUAUCGGGUAGUUUGACCGUCGAAGAUAGGAAAGCUCACGAGAUGCGCAUAUUAGAUCAUUAUCUCGGUGCGCUAUCUCGAUUCGGUGGGCCGUCUCUCUCUAGAGAUGAUGAGGAAGUUAUGGUAGAGUAUCGCAAGUCGAUGAUGUCGGGCUUCAAUUGGCUUUUGGCACCUUAUGAGCUACAGAACGAAGCGCGCGUUCGUGCCAUGGUUGAACGACAUAGUUCUGCUUUAGUAGAUCACAAGGCCAUCGAGCUCCUCGAAUCUCUACCAGAUGUUUGA